AUGAAAGAUUAUAUUCGAAAUCUCCUUGCAGAAUACAACAUGACUGAUUGUAAUCCAGUCAAAACACCUGCGAAUAAAACUAACCUUGACGACUUACCUGACAGCACAGAUCUACCAUGUGAUGAAAAUGAAUAUAGAUCCAUUGUUGGAAAAUUACUCUAUGCUGCAAACACAGUUCGAUACGACAUAAAUUACAUCGUUCUGAAAUUAUCACGCUACUUUGCAUCACCUAAAGUGAAACACAUGGAUGCUGCCAAACGUGUUCUCAGAUACCUAAAAGGCACCCCAACAUUUGGCUUACGCUAUACAUCAUAUGCACCAAAUGAGCUCUUUAGUUACUCAGAUGCUAACCUAGCCUCUGAAGCAGAUACAAAAAGUCGUUCAACCACAGGUUCAGUUGUUCUAUAUGGUGGAUCCCCAGUUAGUUGGAGAUCAAAGCUACAAACACUUGUGGCUCUCUCUACAGCAAAUUCCGAACUUGUUGCCUUAUGUUACACAACACAAGAAAGUGUCUGGUUAUUAAACCUUUUAAAAGACAUGAAUAUAAAUUGCAACGCAAGUCUCUUCUGUGACAACCAGCCAGCCAUUAAAACUGUGCAGCUGGAUGCAUUAUUAGAAGGAACUAAACACAUAAGAAUUAAAGUUGAUUUUGUUAAACAACAACUUCAAUGCACUGUCUUGCUGCUUCAAUACGUUCCUACAAAAUUGAACUGCGCAGACAUGUUUACAAAGGCGAUAACAGAUCCUCUUUUCUCGAACCUACGUCAAAGAUGUGCAUCUGGUCUAAGCCCAAUUGAUCUUUUGUGA